UGAGGCCCCAACAGCCAAAUUAUUUGGUAGUACGUACUCUCAUCCUAACUUGCAUCACGCCAAUGAUAAUUGAUCUAAUUGAACAGCGGUGAUCGAUGGCGCGCUCCAGCAUGUACCAUGUUAUGUAGUGUCCAUACCAUACUGUGUCUCCUCCCUCUCUUCACUUGCUCUGUGUGCGCCGGCCGCCUCAACCUCGAUCGAGCUCCUCCUCUCCUCUCCAGCAGCGGCGACCUCAUGGAUCACCACACGACGUACGUCGAUCUCCACCAUGCAAACGGCUCCGGCCAGUGGGAUGCAUUUGCCGAAGGUACUCCGGUGUGGGAUGUUGAUCCGGUCGCUGGUGGGCUGGCUGUUGGUUUGAAUGGAGACAUGUACUACGUACCACCGGGUGAUGCUCUGGUCGACGCUUCUGGCGUCAUGGCAGAGGCGCCGAAGACGCUGGGUUACAUCUUGGGGGAGGAAAUCUGGAGUUUUCUCAUGGGGUGGGAUGAACAAGAUCCAGUCGCCGAUAUUAUCUCGAUCCCGUCGUCACCAGCGCUGGAUCUCCGGUGAACUCCGCGGUCAUUAGGAAGGUGGUGGAAGAUGAAGUUCUAGGUCCAGAAUCCAGAUUAUGAAAUGUAUCCGACCUCUUAUCUCUAUUCAUUUGAAAUACGGCCGGUGGUUAUGAGCAAAGUUUCAGGUUUGCACUGAAUGGUGGGUUUCACCUGCUACGCUACCAUGUGAAUUUCUUUUAACAUGGUAUAGACGACAAGCUCUCGUAUAUACGCGCAUAUAUAU